UCUGCUUAAUUGGAAAAUUUGAAAAAAUAGUCGUGAUACCGCCGUUCUUAUCUUUUGCCGAAUUAUGAGACACCUGGCAAAAUUAAAAUCGGUCCGAAAUGCGUAAAUAUACGAAAAAUUGGAGGGAUUCCGCAUCGCUGAUUAUAGUGGCUCGUAAUCGUGGCAAUCAGAGAGAUGCAGACGGAUUCAACUACAAGGCCCUCGUCUUUAAGCGCACCGAAAAGACAAGCUUCCUGCCGAACCACAUCGUUUUCCCUGGAGGAACGUUUGAUCCACAAGACGAAUCCCCCGAGUGGUUGUCGCUGUUUCGCAAGCAUAAAGUGCACGAUCGAGAUUUGAAACUCCUGACGACGGUGGACGGACCGAGGCCGUACAUUUUCCAAACCACCACGGACGACACUCUUGACCGUAACAUUUCGCUACGUCUUUGUGCCCUACGAGAAUCAUUCGAAGAGCUCGGAGUUUUGUUAGUGGCGAACCGACCGGAACAAUCUACAGAUGGAUUCAGCAAGGCCGAAUACAAGUUUGAUAUUCAUCGGUGGCAAAAGGAGGUGCAUGAUGGUCAGACGAAUUUCCUCGAGUUGUACAGUGAGCUCAACAUGCUCCCAGACAUGUGGGGGUUGUACGAGUGGUCGGUGUGGAUUACGCCGACACAGUUUCGGAAGAAACGAUUCGAGACGGCUUUCUUCCUAGCCGCUAUCAACGAACAAGUCCCUGUGUAUCCUGAACAACAUGAGGUGGCCGAAUACAUGUGGAGUAGCCCGAAGCAGCUGCUAGAGGAACACGAUAGGGGAGAUCUUUGGUUGGCCCCACCACAGGCGUACGAGCUACAACGUCUGAGUUAUGUAGACGAUAUAGACGCACUUAUGCGAUUUGCUCGUAGGAGAAAGCACCACGGAACGACAGCGUUCUGUCCCGUUGGUUUUAAUGCUGCCGAUGGGUACAUCGGUGUCCUCCCGGGAGAUGAUUUUUAUCCCAAAAAUUUCGAUUUUAUCAGCGAUAACGAACAAAUGGAUCAUUAUGUGGAUAUGUCGUUGAACGAAUUAAGAACGCUGGCGCAAAAUGUCCAUCGAGUGGAGCAUCGAGGAAUGCAUAGUCAAUCCUACUUUCACAACGGACCACCCUUGGACAAGCAUUUACAUGUACUCGGUAAAAACGAGGAGAUGUUGAAGGCAAAACUGUGAUGCUACGGGAUGAGGAUGGUGGUGUUGGUAUGAAAUAAAGUACCUGGUUAUUGGGAUUUAUUGUUGGAAUAACUUUGUCUCGUGUACUUGUCUCUAAUCACCAUCUAAAAUCGCCAUAAAAAACCCUCAACUAUUUUCCUCAAACUUAACAAAAAAAAACCAACAAUUUACAGUUCCGGUAAAUGUUGGUUAUUACCUUUAACAUGCAAA